AGCGCGUAGUCGAUUGCUGGUCGCGCCCACUUGCCUACAAACACCCGGUUCAAGAUGGCGACAUUGACAAAGCUGGAACAGCGACACGCAAACACCUUUUUAGCAGCUGUUUUGGCCAUAUUACAACUUACACUUGUUACAUGCUCUUCAUCACCCACUCAUGAACUUCCCGUGCCAAAAGAAUUAGAAAACGUCCAAAAUUUUACUUCUGCCAGCACCCCCCCAUCCAUAUCAAACUAUUACAAGAACAUAUCAGAAACCCAAAACUUGAAGUCGAACAAAGUUAUUGCUCAGCAAAAUGCCAUCCCUACAAAAGCGGCCACAACACCAGCACCCCCCAAACCAACAAGUGCAGCUGAGGUGACUCCAGAAGACUCCAGGCAUAUUGACUUGAACCCAAGUGUGCCAAAGUCAACUAACCUUCCUGAAUCCAAGCCACCUAUUUUCACUGACUUUGCUAAAAAUGAUCCAAGUCUCACUUUGGAUUUUGAGUCCACCAUCUCUCCUGUUGAGAUAGACACAAAUGAUAAUGUGGGCUAUGAGGAUGAAGACGACAAUGAAGGUGAUGAAUAUGUGAGGAUUUCAGAGAAUAGUCAACAGGAGGAAAGUGAAAUUUUCAGCCAGGACCUUCAGGAUGGUGCCAACUUUAUCAAGGACAUUGCUAAAGACUUGCCUGAGAGGCCUGGAAAAAUUGAUAUCCACAUGAAGGACACCACCAUCUAUGCCACUCAAGAUGAAGACUCACAUUUCUUCUUCCACCUGGUGAUCAUUGCUUUGCUGGUGGCCAUAGUGUACAUCACCUACCACAAUAAAAGGAAGAUAAUGCUCCUGGCUCAGAGUCGGCGCUGGAGGGAAGGCCUUUGCACCCGCAGCAUAGACUACCAUCGGCUUGACCAGAAUGUUGAUGAGGCAAUGCCUUCAUUGAAGAUGACCAACAAUUAUGUCUUUUAAAACAAACACAUACCAUAAUGUUAAAGAUUAAUAUUAUAAUCUUUAAAGAGUUGAGUUUAUUAAUUGUGAAUGCAAACUGCUGAUUUUUAUGUGAAGGAUACUUUACUUUUCUGUAUUUAGAGUUAAUCAAGAAACCUUGUUUAUCCAGUUUGUGUUAUCCUGAGUCUCUUAGGCACUCUGGUUUAAUUAUCUCCGUUUUCUUUAAUGUUUUUCAAAUAUUUCAGGGACAGGCACCUGCUAAUAUGUUUUUCCAUGGCUUUUGAGAGGGCUAGGUCACUGUUUAUUUAAGUAGUGUGCUGAAUAUAAAAUUUAAUACUGAAUGUAACCAGCACCAGAGCAAUCAUUUAAUUUCAAAUAGUUAACAUAAACUAAGAGCACCUGAAUGAAUUCCAGCAGCCUUCCAGGGUCAAAUUUUAUAGUGAAUAGUGAAGUGGCAAUGAUCACCGUUUUCCUGGCUGUAAUUUGCUGACAUGCAGAUUUGCUUAUAGUCUUCAUAACACAUGCUCAUUGGCAUCAAUAAUUUUAGUAAUUUUCAUUAUGUAAUAUUUGUUUUAAAGAACACAAGAAAAGGAAAGUCUCUAGCUUUAUUAUGCACUCUUGGGGCUGGACCCUUUUGUUAUUUUUCUUGUGACAUUAAAUGUAUUUACUAGUACAAAUGCCUAAUAUGUAAAUAUAGUGUAGCCUUUAAAUUACUGGACAAUGAUAAAUUUAACUUACUCUGUAAUUUGUGGGCCAGUAAAGGGUGGGUAUACCAGAAACAUUGUACCCUGACAUGCCUGGACAUACAGGCAACAAAUAUGCUUCAAUAUCUACACAGUUAAUAAGGCAAAAAAAAAAUAUAUAUAUAUAUAUAUAUAUAUUUGCACUGCUUGUAUAAAGCAAAUCUCUUAAUGAACUCAAUGAAAUACACCUUAAUAGGCUAAUUUAUUCAACAUGCCGACUCAUAUUUGACUUUGUCUUAUUGUAUCUACAAAGAUCUCUAAAUUGUAUACUAUGGGGGAAAAAAACGUAAAUAAUAAGGGUACAUGAGAUAGCAGUAGCAAUAAGCUUAUUUUGCACAGGUUUGUGUUUAUGUGAAGUAAACGUUUUGUCACAUAACUACUAUCUGUCACAUAUAAUCCUGUCAGUUUGUCUGUCAACAUGGAAAUUACAGCUUCCACAGCUUUGCAACAGGCAUUACCUCUCAGUGCCAUUAAAAUCUGAAAAGUAAUCAGUCA